AUGCGGUCUACCAAGCCAUAUGCGCUCCUCGCUUUGGCAGGCCUGGGGAGCAGUCAGCUCAUUGAACUCAGCAACUGUCCUAUUCUCGGGCCGGCUUAUCCUGCCUUGAAAGACCUCCGGAAAUCACGAGUAAUAAGAGAUACCGGGGAUUCCUUUACCAAAAUCAUCGAAGAAGCCGUUGCAACGGGGGAAACGGAAUGGGGCUUAAUUGGCACUGCCAACACAUCCUUCUCACUCAGUGUUUUCUCGGCUGAUUCUGAUGACUACCUCUUUGAGUAUCACCAUCGAGGUACGGAACUCGAUGGCUCGCUGACUGGAGAUGUUCUCAACGCGGACACCUUAUACCGUAUUGGGAGCGUCUCGAAGUUGUUUACAGUGUACACGUUACUGAUCAAAUUGGAUCCAUCGUACUGGAGUCAGCCUAUAACAAACUUCAUUCCAGAAUUGGCAGAUGCACCGACAAACAAUGGGGCGCGCCAAGUGCAGUGGUCAGAUGUCACUCUCGGGGCUUUAAUGAGCCAUAUGGGCGGACUGGCUCGGAACAAGUCCAUUCGUCUCUUGUUGCAACAGAACCCUGCGACUGGUACCUGGACCACUCCUGUCUACUCCAACGAAGCCUUCCAGCUUCUUGGCUGGGCGUACGAAAACAUCACAGGAGAGACCAUGGAACAAGGUUUUAACUCUGCCAUUGUCAAGCCUUUGGGCCUAUCUCGAACUUUCUGGAACCCGCCAGAGAACGACCCGAAUGCCAAUGUAGUGGAUCCCGAACCUUCACUGGAAAGCCUCCUUGUUGGAUACAAGUUUGAAGAGGGUCUAGGUUCCUACACGCCGACUGGCGGUAUCUACGCAUCACCUGGUGAUCUCUCCACCAUCGGCCGCUCUAUUCUCCGCUCAUCCCUUUUAUCAGAGGCGCAAACUCGCGAGUGGCUUAAACCCGUCACAUUCACGGCUUCCACACAUACGGCCAUUGGUAAAGCUUGGGAGAUAAGCCGUAUGGAAGUUCCCGUCACUCCAGGUUCGGAUCGUACCCGCCUCGUAGAUUUAUACGCCAAAAGCGGUGGCAUAUCAUCGUAUCUCACUUACCUCAUACUGUCUCCCGAUCACAGAUUGGGUGUGACCAUCAACAUCGCCUCCAAGAACGCUUUCGGCGGCGCUGCUUCAGAUCCCUCCUUCGGCACUCUCACCAACUUGCUUCUUGACAAGUGGAUCCCUGCCGCCGAGGAUGCUUCGCGAGAGGCAGCGGGGAACAAUCUUGCGGGCACCUAUAUUUCCGAUGAUGGUACAGAUUCCGUGAUUGAGCUCGCGCUGGUUCCUGGAAGACUAGGGCUGGCUGUUCAAAAGUUGUUGUACAACGGAACCGACUUCUUGACGAACGUGGGUGGUACCCUGGGAUUUCAGGGUGCAGACUUGCAGUACGUAGGACUGAGGGACGACAAGGACGUUGUUUUCCAGGCUAUAUUCUCCUCCCCUCUUCCCAAGGUGCCAAGGCGGCCGUCUCCUUUAAACCCAGAAUGCUCUGGUGUCUGGUCAGCCCGUGGCUUUUUUACCUAUGGCAACGUCAUGCUUGACGAGGUCAUUAUCAGUGUCGACAAAGAAGACAAAGGCAUCGCCGUUGAGUUACCGGCCUUAAGAACGAAGUUUGUCAAGAAGGUGGAGUCUGAUGACCGGCAGCACCCCUCCGACAAUCUCCAGAAGCUACCUUUUACUUCAGAAGCUUCAGAAGCUCCUGGGCUGCCUGACACCAUGCCCGAUUUCACAGAGGCGGACACCAUCCGCAUUCUGGUUGCGACGGACAAUCAUGUGGGCUAUGAAGAGCGCGACCCGAUUCGCAAAGAUGACAGCUGGAGGACGUUCGACGAGAUUCUGAACAUCGCAAAGGCUCAAGAUGUCGACAUGGUCCUCCUCGGAGGCGACCUCUUCCACGACAACAAGCCUUCUAGAAAGUCCAUGUACCAGGUCAUGCGAAGUUUACGAAAGAACUGUCUUGGCAUGAAGCCUUGCGAGCUUGAGUUCCUGAGCGAUGCGAACGAAGUCUUCGAGGGUGCAUUCCCCCAUGUCAACUACGAAGACCCCGAUAUCAAUAUCUCAAUUCCUGUGUUUUCUAUUCAUGGAAACCAUGACGACCCUAGUGGCGAGGGUCACUUCUGCUCUCUCGACCUGCUUCAGGUUGCUGGACUGGUCAACUACUUUGGCCGCAUUGCUGAGGCAGACAACAUCGAGGCGAAGCCUGUUCUUUUGCAAAAGGGACAAACGAAGCUUGCACUUUAUGGACUGAGCAACGUGCGGGACGAGCGCAUGUUCCGAACCUUUAGAGACCACAAAGUCAAGUGGUUCCGGCCAGGUGUCCAGCAGACUGACUGGUUCAACCUUCUUACGGUCCAUCAGAACCACCACGCCCACACGGCAACAUCAUACCUCCCUGAAAACGUACUGCCUGAUUGGAUGGACCUGAUCGUUUGGGGACACGAACACGAGUGUCUUAUUGAUCCCCAGCAAAACCCAGAAACUGGAUUUCACGUCAUGCAACCUGGAUCAUCGGUAGCCACAUCACUGGUACCGGGUGAAGCCGUGCCAAAGCAUGUCGCCAUCUUGAACGUGACUGGAAAGGAGUUCAAGGUUGAGAAGAUUCCUCUCAAGACCGUUCGACCGUUUAUCACCAAGGAAAUUGUUCUGUCAAGCGACCCGCGCUUCAAAGAUCUACACACCAAGAAGGACAAUCGACAGGAGCUAACAAAGAGACUCAUGGUCGUUGUCGAGGAGAUGAUUCAAGAGGCGAACGAGGAUUGGUACGCCAUUCAGGAUAAUGAAGAUGAGGAAGCUCCCCUACCCCUGAUCCGCCUCAAGGUAGAAUACACAGCUCCUGAGGGCGGCCAAUAUGACUGUGAGAAUCCUCAGCGGUUCUCGAACAGAUUUAUCGGCAAAGUGGCCAACACCAAUGACGUCGUCUACUUCCACCGGAAGAAGGCUGGCACUUCUAGACGCAACAACGCCGAUACAGACAUCCCUGAGAUGCUCGAGGAAGCCCUGGGCCUUGACACUGUGAAGGUAGAAGCUCUCGUGCAGGAAUUCUUGGCUGCACAGUCCUUGAAGAUUUUGCCUCAGGCGCCUUUCGGUGAUGCCGUCAAUCAGUUCGUCAACAAGGACGAUAAACACGCCAUGGAAGAGUUCGUCAGCGAGUCUCUGGCCGGGCAAGUUAAGCAGAUGCUCAGCCUCGACUCGGACGAAGACGACCUGGACAAUGCCAUGGAGACGUACCGGUCGAGACUAGAGGAGCAGUUCGUCAAGGGAGUAUUGAAGAAGGCCUCGAAGCGCAAGGUCAAGCCUAAGCCUGAGGAGUGGGACUCCGACUUGGACGGACAUUGGGAGGAUCAGCCUGGCGUUGUAGAGACUGAAACCGUCUCACAACCCUCAGCCAGGUCAAGACGCGCGCAAACCCAAGACGCCGAAGAUGAUAUGAUGGACCUCGAAGAUGAACCUGUGGCUCGUCAACCCGCGAAGCGUGCAACAACGGCGCGGACUACCAAGGCCGCUGCGACAAAGAAAGCUCCAGCGAAGAAGGCGCCGGCCAAGAAGGCCCCCGCUCGGGGCCGGAAAAAGCCCCUGUUCGAGGAAGAGGAUGAAGAGGAAGAGGACGUGGUAAUGGACGAUGACUUUGAGGAACCUCCUCCACCUACACGUGCAAGAAGAUCCCAACCCGCCCGCGCGGCUCCUAAGACGCGCCAGACAACCCUCAACUUCUCCCAGGCAGCUGCCUCGCAGAAGGCGGUGGAAAUUAGUGAUGACGAGAUCUCCGAGGAUGACGCCUUUGAGCCUGCCCCGGUCACGACGCGCUCCAAACGGAGAUGA